GCGGCGACGGCGGCGGGAGGUUCGGUUGUCGCCCGUUGGCCGCGCGGCGCCGCGCUCGGCGGCCGCCAUUGCAGUUUAUUUUAGUUUUUUAAAGAAGAAAAGCUCAUGGUGCAAAUUGUUAUUUCCAGUGCAGGGGCAGGAGGCCUGGCAGAAUGGGUGCUGAUGGAGCUACAGGGGGAGAUCGAGGCUCGCUACAGCACCGGAUUAGCUGGAAACCUCCUGGGAGACCUACAUUACACCACUGAGGGACUCCCUGUGCUGAUCGUGGGCCAUCAUAUCCUGUAUGGGAAAAUCAUCCACCUGGAGAAACCUUUUGCCGUCCUAGUCAAGCAAGUUCCGGGGGAGCAGGACUGUGAUGAGCUUGGCCACGAGACUGGCACCCAGUACCUGGUGACAGCACUCAUCAAAAACAAGAUCCUUUUCAAAACCCGCCCUAAGCCCAUUAUCACCAACGUCCCCAAGAAAGUAUGA